AUGACCUGUGCUGGAUCCAAAUGGGGUGACUGCUGCAGUAAAUACUCAUACUGUGGAAGUACCGAUGCAUACUGCGGUAGCGGCUGCCAGCCAGGCUUCGGUAAUUGUAAGCCUGCAUCCUCGCCUGUCUCGUCCGCCUCGUCCGCUUCAUCCGCAUCGUCUUCGCCUGUGAAGGCCCCAAUUGCACCGGCGAAUGCGCGUCCAACCACGACUACACACGCAGAUCCAUCAUCUACCCCGUCGUCAAGCAUCGUGUCGUCUUCCGCUACCUCGUCCCAGGUCACCAGCGCAUCGCUCGCCGACGCGGUUCCAUCUUCUCCAUCCACGAUUCCGUCGGUCGAAAGCCUGUACCUAAGUACGUUUGCAACAAGCGCAAGCGCAUCGGCUACCGCCGUGGAGAGCUCGUCUUCGCUGGACGCCACUUCAGAGUCAACAGCGGGCCCGGAGAUUGAGUCUGCACCUCGCGAGUCUCCAGCCUCGCUCGCAUCGUCAGAGGUCACCGCCUUGACGGACUCUGUCACCAGCUCUUCCAGCGUCCUAGCUAGCCACGUGGAGUCGCCUACCAUUACUGCCGAGAUUUUGAGCACAGCUGCAUUGCCGCUCGCUACAUCAGAGGUCUCUUCUUCGCAAAUCGAGAUUGUCUCUUCCGUCGCAUCGACUACCGUGCUCGAGACGUCUGUCGAGCCGGUCACCACGCCCACGCCAGCAUCCACUGAAUCCCGGGUUGUACCGAUGGAAAUCGAGACCGAGACCAUUUCCUCCACCGUUGCCCCCGUGAUCAGCACGUCGCCAUCGUCGGAGCUUGUCGCAUCCACCGAAACCACCCCCACACCAACCGAAGAGACCGCAACGAGCUCAGUGGCCGAGACGCCGUCGCCACUCCCGGAGAUACUCGCUUCCUCGUCCCCAGCGACUUCGAGCGUCGCGACAUCCACCACGUCGGCCCCAGCGACCUGCAACACGCUCGCCGCGAGUUACAAUCCAUCUUUCGAAAGCGGAGCCAUCGCACCCUGGACCAAUACCUACGCCACCAAUACUUUGUACGGCAAGACCGAGGUUCUUUCCGCUGAUGUGGCACCCUUCGCGCCGCUCGACGGAUCACAUGCGCUUUACACCACGUUGACCAAUCGGUACACGGGAGCCCAGGUGUGGAGGUUCACGCUCGACAACGUCUACAUCCCAGCCGGCAGCAACUACAACUGUACGGUCGGGUUCAAGAUAGUUCAGGCCGACAAUCGCCCAAGAUACACCGUGCAAGCCCGUUUGUAUAUCGAUAAUCAACUCGUGUACCAUCCGCAGAACGGUGCGUCGAACGGUUUGUUCACGGGGUUGCCGACGAGUCCAGAAGCGGCUGUUUGGAACACGGUAGGCGGUUCGGGAGUCGCGAAUGCACAAGACCAGCAUACCGUUUUAGUUCUCGUUCUCUUCAACAAUGCCAACAUUCUCGCUGCGGGAACGACUUUCGCGAUUGAUAACCUGCAAUGCUUCCCGACAGGGCAAUGCGCGAUGUAA